AGUUGUGCUCCAACAACGGCUAUGGUGUGAGGCACCUAUCUUGUGUGCCAGCAGUUGAUUUCGAACUACGAAGCGAGUAAGACGUGUGUUGUUGUAAUUUAUCUAUACGUUCGACGACGUUUUAAGUGCUUUUAGUUAAGUUUUCUUACAACCAACAAAAAUAACAGUUCUUAAAGAUUUUUUUAUUUUGAAAAAAAAAAAAUAAUUUUUGACAUUUGUAUAAAUUAAGUUUAUGCAAAAAGUAAAAUAAAAAACUAAACUGCAAGAGUGCUAACAAAAAACCCAUACUAAACACGACUUUUUGUGAAAAUGUAUAUUAGUGCUAAAAAACAAUUAUAAAAAAUUUUAAAAAUUAAACUUUAAAAUUUUCUAAAAGAAAAAACAAAAAGUGUUAAAAAAAACGAAAAAAGGUUUAUUAAACUAAUAUUAUAAAACAAACUAAAGAAACCAAACAGAUUAAAGUGUUUUCCCCUGUAAACAAAAGAUAAACAAACAAACAGUUCAAUUGUUGUUUCUUUUUUAAAUUUCAUUACCAACAAUAAUAAACAAUAAGUUUUUCAUCAUUAUUCUUAUAAAUUUACGAAUUUGUCAUAACAAUGGCUGUGCCCUUUUAUUUGCCAGAGGGUGGUGCCGAUGAUACCGUAUCAUCCGGCGGCACCACUUCAUCCGAUGGCGCUAGCAGUGCAGCUAGCUCUUUGCAAUCCUCCCCCAAUACCACCUCUUCGGCCACACAAACCCCUAUGCAGAGUCCUUUACUGCCUGGAGAAGUUAUUAUGGCAAUUUAUGAAUUGAUACGUUAUAAUUCAGGUGCUCCCGUUUUUCAAUACCCAACACCACCCAGCCCUUCGUGUUCGAUACAUAGUCCUUCCUAUACAGGAGGAGAAGUAUUCUUUCCACGCAGUCGCAGUACCCCCAGAAUACCACGCACAAGCGUUAGUUUUGCUCCCGGCGAUGAAGUGAAUUUCUUUCAUCAAUCAGCGCCAGCCGCUUCCAGUGGCAAUGCACAAACUCAAACUACACAAGCACCUCAGUCAGCUCCACCAGUACCAAACAGUCAUCAUCACAACCAGCAUCAACUCUAUGGCCAUCAUCCACACUUUGCCUAUCAGCAUAGUGGACCAAAUUAUUAUCAAUAUACACCGCCUCCCACACCCAAUACUGCCACGGCAACCACCUCAACGGGUACGUCAACAAGCGGAGCGGGUGGUAUGGCCCAUAGAAGUUUACAUCGUUCGCUGUCAGAUUCAGCCAGAAGAUCACGUUUAACCUCAACGGGUGAAGAUGAGCGAGAAUAUCAAAGUGAACAUGAGACCAGUUGGGAUGAGUUCGAAGAUCGUUAUGAUAAUUUUACCGCUGGCCGAGAAAGGCUGCAGGAAUUUAAUGGUCGUAUACCGCCACGUAAAAAGAAAAAGGAUGUGCCAAAAACUAAACCAGAAAAGAAGGAACAAAGCUUUACCUGGCCUGCAGUUGUUACGGUCUUCGUUUUUGCCAUGGGUUGUGGAUUUCUAGUAGCCCGAUGAGCCGGCUCAAUAAAUUGAAAAAAAUAAAUAUGGAAUUAUUAAUUUUUUUUAAACAGAACAAAAACUUCUUCACAAACGCAACAAAACGAAACAACGAAUUUAUUUUCAAAAAAUAACUAGUUCAUUGUUUGAGUCAAACAAAGCCGCACAAAAAAGGAUCACAAAGGAAACAAAAAACAAACACACGGUGGGCGCAUUUACAACCAACUCAGAGGUAAAAGGAAACACAAAAAAGGAUUUUUACAACAAAAAAUAUCGAAAAAAGAAGGGGGUAAGCAACAAUAAAAACAACAACAAGAAGAAGUUUUUCUACAGUCAAAUUAGUUAUUUACUUAAAACAUAAACAAAAAAAAAAGAAAAACUUCUUUAAGAAAAUUCAAAUAAAAAAAUAACACAAAACAAUUUAGACUGGCAGCAAACCACAAAAAUAUUAUAAAUAUAAACAAAAUAAUUUUUUAUUAAAAAAAUAUUUUAUAUAUUCUUUAUAUACAUGCAAUAUGUACAUUGUACAUGUAUAUAAUAUCUACAAAAUACAAAUUAAUAAAGGUACUGAUUUUUUUUGGUCUAAAACUUAACUUUU